UGUGUGUGUGUCUUUCGAUCAAGAUGGCGGUGGCUCCUGACAGCAGAGUGCUUUCCUACAGUGUUUAUAAAUGGAGCUCGUACUCCUCUACAUAUUUACCCGAGAAUAUUUUAGUGGAUAAACCUAAUGAUCAGUCUUCCAGGUGGUCAUCUGAGAGCAACUACCCUCCACAGUACUUGAUCCUAAAACUGGAGAGACCAGCUAUAGUUCUGAGCAUCACCUAUGGCAAAUAUGAGAAAACCCACGUCUGCAACCUGAAGAAGUUUAAGGUGUUCGGAGGCAUGAGUGAAGAAAACAUGACGGAGCUCUUGUCUAGUGGCCUUAAGAAUGACUUCAACAAGGAGACGUUCACGCUAAAGCACAAGAUCGAUGAGCAAAUGUUUCCCUGCAGGUUCAUUAAAAUAGUGCCUCUGAUGUCAUGGGGGCCCAGUUUUAACUUCAGCAUUUGGUUUAUUGAGUUACACGGCAUUGAAGAUCCAGAGGUUGUCCAGCCCUGCCUUAACUGGUACAGUAAGUACCGUGAACAAGAGGCCAUCCGCUUGUGCCUGAAACACUUCCGGCAGCACAACUACACAGAAGCCUUCGAAUCCCUGCAGAAGAAAACACGGAUCGCUCUGGAGCACCCCAUGCUUACGCACCUACACGAGCGGCUGGUUCUCAGAGGAGACUUUGACGCCUGCGAGGAGCUGAUAGAUAAGGCCGUGAGAGAUGGUUUGUUUAAUCAGUACAUCAGCCAGCAGGAUUAUAAGCCACGCUGGAGUCAGAUCAUCCCCAAAUGUAACAAAGGCGAUGGUGAUGAUAACAGGCCGGGCAUGAGAGGAGGUCAUCAAAUGGUCAUUGAUGUUCAGACAGAAACCGUGUAUUUGUUCGGUGGCUGGGAUGGAACGCAGGACUUGGCUGAUUUCUGGGCGUACAGUGUGAAGGAGAACCAAUGGGCCUGCAUCUCCAGGGACACAGAGAAAGAGAGUGGUCCCAGUGCUCGUUCAUGCCACAAAAUGUGCAUCGAUUCUCAACGGAGGCAGAUCUACACGCUGGGCCGAUAUCUGGACUCCUCGGUCAGAAACAGCAAGUCUCUGAAGAGUGACUUCUACUGCUACGACAUUGACGCAAACACGUGGACCCUCCUGAGUGAAGACACAUCCGCUGAUGGAGGACCCAAACUUGUGUUCGACCACCAGAUGUGCAUGGACUCUGAGAAGCACAUGAUCUACACGUUUGGUGGUCGGAUACUGACGUGUAAUGGCAGCGUGGAUGAUGGCAGGACGUCUGAACCUCAGUUCAGUGGGCUUUACGCGUAUCACUGUCAAGCUGGCAGCUGGAGCCUACUCCGAGAAGACUCGUGUAACGCAGGGCCGGAGGACAUCCAAUCUCGCAUCGGACACUGCAUGCUCUUCCACACGAGAAAUCGUUGCCUGUAUGUUUUUGGAGGUCAGAGGUCCAAAACGUACUUGAAUGAUUUUUUCAGUUACGAUGUUGACGGUGACCAUGUGGAGAUCAUCUCAGAUGGCACCAAGAAGGACUCUGGCAUGGUACCAAUGACGGGCUUUACUCAGCGUGCCACUAUUGACCCAGAGCUCAACGAGAUUCACGUCCUGUCGGGACUCAGCAAAGACAAAGACAAACGUGAGGAGAACGUGCGCAACUCCUUCUGGAUUUAUGACAUCGCACGCAACAACUGGUCCUGUGUUUAUAAGAACGACCAAGCGGUGAAGGAAAACCCCACUAAGGCCCUGCAGGAAGAGGAACCUUGUCCUCGGUUUGCUCAUCAGCUUGUCUACGAUGAACUCCACAAGGUGCAUUACCUGUUUGGUGGAAACCCAGGAAAGUCCAGCUCUCCCAAAAUGCGACUGGAUGACUUCUGGUCCCUAAAGCUCUGCCGCCCUUCCAAAGAAUACCUGCUGCGUCACUGCAAAUACCUCAUUCGCAAAUACAGGUUUGAGGAAAAGGCUCAGACCGAGCCCUUGAAUGCACUUAAAUAUCUACAGAAUGAUCUGUCCCUCACUGUGGACCACACUGAUCCUGAUGAGACGAAAGAGUUCCAGCUCUUGCCCUCCGCUCUGUUCAAAUCCAGCUCAGACUUCAUUCCUCUAGGCUUUUCAGAUGUGGAUCAGACGUACGCCCAGCGCACACAGCUGUUCGACACACUCGUCAAUUUCUUCCCCGACAAUAUGACCCCGCCCAAGGGUAACCUCGUCGACCUCAUCACCCUGUAGCCACGCCCACACACACUAGACCUCUCAGACUCCUCCCACUCAAAAACAGAAGUUAUUUUUCUACAUUUUCCCACCCGAGGUGAGCCGUGCCCACCUUACCUGUGUUUCAGAUAUAAAGUCACUUAAACGACUUAUUCAGAAAUAUAAUUUCUGCUCUGGAUAACCAGGGUUUUUGUUUUAUUUUAUAUAUAAAUAUGAUUUUUUUUUUAUUUUAAGAACUAGGUUUAAAUUUAAACGCCAAGUACUUUUAUCACAUUGAAUUUCCUCUCAUCCAAGUUGAAAUGUAGGUGAGUUUUGUUUUGUUUUAAAUUGAACUGUUUACAUCCUGAAGAGUUGGAUUUGAUUUACGCACUGUGUGUUUAACAUUGGUUUCCUUUCUGCCUUGCUCUUUUAAAUCACUUUUUUUAGUGACAUAAACCUGUGUUUGAGGUCGAAGGCAAACACCACAGCGCCCUCUAGAGUAAAACCUAUCAGAUAAAAGGAUCCAGUCUCUCUUUUGAAUACUGGCUUCCAUCUAAACCCGCUGCUGCUAUUAGAUGCUGCCGUGACAUUAGCGCUUUCUCUUUAAUAGUGAUCAAACAUCACAUUACAUCCUUCUAAGUUCAUCCACCACAAGCAAUGAGAUGUUACACAUACGCUUUCCACUGUGUGUGUGUAUAUGUGUGUGUGUGUGUGUGUGGUAGCACAUGGCCAUUUACGGCAACACUAAACAUCAUUACACUCAUAUCCAUUAGCAUAUGGAUUUGCUGCAAUUAGACGAAGACGUGGAUUGACUGAUUGUGUACAUUACUAUUUACUAAAUGUUUGCUGUAUACAAGUAUUGGUACAAACUCUCAAAGGAGCCUUACAUGGGACCACUGAAGACAGCAGAGACCCCUUAUUAUUUAUGACUAUUAAUAUAUAUUGUUUUUUCUUGGACGACUUGAGCCCUGAAUGUCACGUCUUAUGUCAUAGAGAUGUUUAUAUGAGCUUCCGGAUUCCCAUCCUGGACAGAUGAAUGUGCGCUGGAUGAAAGUCUUCCGUGUAGUUAAGCGCGAGUGUGUGUGCAAUGUUAGUUUACAGUCAUUUGUCUUCAUGUUGCACGAGUUUAAACGAGUUUUGCGCAAUCGGAUCGCUGUAGUUUUCCAAAACCAAAGGCUCCAGAAUCAUGGGAUAGUAACAUUACGCUUCAUCCGGCUCAUUUUGUCUUCUCCAGCGUCACAUAUCAGUAUUAGCUGUGAUAUUUGGCUCGGUGCAGAUACACUUGCAUUGCCCUGUUUUUGUUUUAUAUAAAUGAUUCAGCACUUUUGAUUUCUCUCCUGGUGCAGUUUGGGUGUUUAUGAUUUUUCAAUCCAAGCCUUUUUUUUUGCCUUUUGUAGCUGUCGUUGUCUUUGUGCCAGGAGGAAAGCUUAAAAUAUGUUUAAAAAAUAUAUAUAAUGAAAUCAAGGAGGAUCACGCAAGAGAAUCGACACACAACCGCAGACUUUCGAUGUCGCACUCAAUGCCAAAUUUUGUUCUUUUUAUUUUGUUUUAUUUUUCGUUUGGUGUACAUUUCUGCAGUGUCAGAGAUGAAGUGACUUUCUGGAAACGGUCAUCUCGGUGAGCAACGGCGCUUUGAGAUGUCAGCACUACACUGUGGCUCUCAUGAAUGUGUAGAACCUAUUAAAACUGCAUUGUAUGUAAUGUACAUAAAGAAUAAAGAUUGUAUUUUGUUCA